UCUCUUCCAACUGCCAUUUUCAAACGCCUUCUACAGCACCACCAACCAGUCCCAACGCUUAAACAGUCCCACUCAACAAAAUCAACCAUUCCAAAUGAAAUCCAGCUCCAAAAACAGAACUCUGGGAGCCAUUUUGCCAAAAACAGAAACCCAAAAAGCUAAUUUUGAAAAUCUCACAUGAAAUUCAUCUGCAUACAUCAGAAUCUGCAAACCCAUUUCACAAAACCCAAAACCCAUUUGAAUAAAUCUCUUCUUCUCACAUACCCAGUUCAAAAAAUCCAAAUUUUCAGAAGAUUUCCACCUUAAAAAUCCAAAAUCCUGCAAACCCAUUUCACCGGGCCAGUAACCCAAUACAAAAGUCCACAUUUUGGUGUGGAAUUCACCUUCACAGAGCCUAGAAACGCCUGAAUCAGAACACUUGUGCUACUAAAGAAGGGGACUGUUGUUUUUUACGGACAAAGCCAUGGAAGAUAUCACAGUGAAGUUAGAGGAACCGGGUGGUGCCACGCCAUCGAUCUCAUCUCCACAGCCGAUGGAGGGAUUGCAUGACGCAGGACCGCCACCAUUCUUGACAAAGACAUUUGAAAUGGUUGAGAAUCCAGCCACGGAUGCGGUAGUCUCAUGGAGCCGAGCUCGCAACAGUUUCAUUGUAUGGGAUUCACACAAAUUUGCUACUGAUCUCCUCCCAAAGUACUUCAAGCACAGCAAUUUCUCGAGCUUCAUACGCCAGCUUAACACAUAUGGUUUCAGAAAGGUUGAUCCAGAUCGAUGGGAGUUUGCAAAUGAAGGGUUUUUGGGUGGGCAGAAGCAUUUACUGAAGAACAUCAAGAGAAGAAGGCAUGCCUCUCAGCACAUGCAGCAACAAGCAAUGGGAGCUUGUGUUGAAUUGGGACAAUUUGGGCUGGAUGGUGAAAUCGACAGGCUGAAAAGAGACCGGAACCUGUUGAUGGUUGAAAUUGUGAAGCUCAGACAACAACAGCAAAACUCCCGGGCCCAACUUCUUGCCAUGGAAGAACAGUUGCAAGGGACGGAAAGAAAGCAGCGGCAGAUGAUGGAAUUCCUUGCCCGGGCACUCAAGAAUCCUACUUUUGUCCAACAACUGAUUCAACGCCACAAGCAGAGGAAGGAAUUGGGUGGCGUCGGGAAGAAACGGAGAUUGCCCUCCACUGUUAGUUCAAAAAACUUGCAAGACUUGCAAGGCGAGGUGGUGUCGGCAAUGGGUAGGCAGGUUGCCGGUUACACCCAUCAGGCUGAGCAGGAAGAAGUGGCUAUUGAAACUGAGAUUGAGACAUUAUUUUCUAGUAUGGACAAUGAAUCAAGCGCUUCUAAUAGAAAUCAGAAUGCGGAUGUGGGCCCCAGCCCUAGCGACCCGGAUUUCGGUUCUGCAAAUGAUAUAGCAUGGGAAGAAUUGCUGAAUGAGGAUUUGAUAGGACGAAAUGGAGAAGAAGAAGAGAUGGGCAAUGGAGAUCUGACAGAAAUUGAUGUGGAAGUGGAGGAUUUGGCUGCAAAACCAUCAGAUUGGGGUGAUGAUGUACAGGACUUGGUGGAGCAAAUGGGAUUUCUGGGGUCGAAGCAUUCAUGUAAUCUGAAUCGUACUUGAAGACUACAAUUUUCCGGGUUGGCCUCUGCAACUUCAUCCAUGUUUUCACAAUUGGAAUGGUUUUCACUGAACCCAGUGACUGAAGUAGGAUUAGUUACGAUUGGGUGGAUGGAAGAUGUAGAUGAGGAUGUUCUUUUAUCCAAGAUACGUCUGUUUGUGAACAUUAACUGUUUUUUGUUUUUCUUAUGCCCUCCUCUUCAAUCAGUUGGUUUGGUAUAUAGUUUUUCCGUUGGUGUCA